AGCCCCACCCAAUACAGGAAGGAGGUCGGCUCGGUUUAGCGGCGACCCAUCGAAGGAAAGGCUGCUGCGACAUCACUGAGCUCGAGCCGUCUGGGAUGAAACGAACGCCUCGCUCCUGCUGAAGGUUGUCUGGUAGUGGUGGAGUUGUGAAUACGUCGGUGACGGCGAUCAUUUCGCUGUGGCCGCGCUGUGAAGGAGUAGCUGUUGUCAUUCAGGCUUUGUUGUUUGUUGAGAAAGAGAGAGAGAGAGACCAAAGCUAACGGUAGAUAAAUUGAGCUUCGCAGCUAACGCGUCUCUUUCCUCGGGGCUUCCGACCGCUUAAGACUCAAGCAUGCCGAAGGAGGCGGACCACCUUGAGGGCGGAGGAGACAAGGAGUCGAAGAAGGAGGAGAGGAGGCAGGAUGCUCCCGAGGCGAUGGUGAGCAAGAGUAUCCGGGCAAAUAGUUCGAGCCCUCGCAGGGGGAACACUCCUCAAGCCAGCCCCCCCAGGUUUGUCUCCGUGGAGGAGCUGAUGAAGACGGCUAAAGGAGUCACCAACAUGGCUUUGGCCCAUGAAAUAAUGGUCAACCAGGAUUUUCAAGUCAAACCUACAGAGCUUCCUGAGGGGAGCUUGGAGCGCCAAGUGAAGGAGAUCAUGCACAAAGCAUUCUGGGAUUGCUUGGAAGUUCAGCUGAAGGAGGAGCCGCAGACGUACGGACACUGCAUCAAACUGCUGGCUGAGAUCAGAGAGACUCUGCUGUCCUUCCUGCUGCCGGGCCACGGCCGCCUGCGCUCCCGUAUCGAGGAGGUCCUGGAUGUGGCUCUGAUCCAGCAGCAGGCCGAGAACGGCGCGCUCGACAUCGGCAAACUGUCCCAGUUCGUCGUCGAGAUGAUGGGCUCGCUGUGCGCCCCCUGCCGAGACGAGGACAUCAGCAAGCUGAAGGACAUCACCAACAUCGUGCCCCUACUCAAGGCCAUAUUCUCCGUGCUGGACCUGAUGAAGGUGGACAUGGCUAACUUCGCCCUGACCAGCCUCCGGCCUCACCUGAUGCAGCAGUCGGUCGAGUAUGAGAGGAGCAAGUUCCAGGGGUUUCUGGACAAACACCCCAAUGCCUUAGACUACACCGAGAAGUGGCUUGAGGACACAGUGAGAUGCCUGAGAGAGGACGCUUCCUGUGCUGCGUCGUCUGACCCUCCCUCCCUCCUCCCCGUCAACGUCCAUAAUCACGCCUAUAUCCGCCUGCUGAGGUGGGACCACUCCUCCGACCCCUUCCCUGAGACGGUGUUGAUGGAUCAGGUCCGGUUCCAGGAGAUGCAUCGGGAGGAAGAACAGCUGGUCGUGCUCUCCUCCGUGCUGCUCAUCGUCUACACCACCACAGGGGAGGCGAUCUCAGGCCUGCCGGGGCUGAUGGAGACGCUUAAGAACAUUGUCAACGUCAUGCUUGCGGACAUGCACACGCCGUCUUUUAGUGUAAAGGAGGCCUUAGAAACCAUCGGGGAGAAACUGUGUGUUGAGCUGAGUCAGUGUCUGACCAAACAUGGCUACUCUCCAUUCUCGGCCGACCGAAAGAGCACUCUGAGGGGACAGAUCUCAGCUAUCGUCCAGCAGGACAACACAGUCCGCAAGCUAAUGGAGUCUCGGGUUCAGAACUACCUACUGGCCUCCCUGGAGUCCAGUCAACAUAAGACCCCUCCCCCUCUCCCAGGAGGUCUGGCCCCAGUCGGCAGGGAGGUGAAGGAGCUCGCCGUUCGCUUCAGUCGCCUCAUCAACUUCAACAAGCUGGUCUUCUCCCCGUUCUACCAAAAGAUUCUCCAGAACCUACUGACAGCCGGGGAGAGUCCCAGCGCAGGGACGUAAGCACUGAAAUGGAAAGCA